GUGCGUCCUUGCGCUUUGUGUUUAUUCACCGUUACGCCCUUCUCCGUUCGAGGUCGUCUUUAGUCAGGAUUCACGAACAUAAAGCUAGAACUAUGUAUCAAUUAAAACCGCCACAAGGCAAGCGUCCAAUGUUCAUGGAGCGAAGACCUAAUUUUGAUCGUGCUGAUGACGAGACAAAACCCUGGGCCAAAACUGGUGCUUGGUUUUUAGGUCCAAAAGCUGACAAUGCAAAGGUUUUCAAGAAACUGAUCGAUGAUGUUGUCGACAAGCAUAUUUUAUUCAGAGAAAGUUAUUAUCCAUGUGAUCCGCAUUUCGUCACCGACGAUAUGCGUGAGGCUAAAUCAUUUAAAAAUACCAUCAAAAAGACGAGGGAUGAACUUCACAACAUUCAAGAAGAACUCAUCAARGCUGUGCCRUUCUUCACCCCAAGAUAUAAGGGUCACGUGACUUGGGACACCGUAAUGGCUGCAAAUCUUGGUUAUCUAACCGGAAUGUUGUUCAAUCAAAAUAACUGUGCUGCAGAAGCUUCUUCUGUUACUACAAAAUACGAGUUGGAAGUAGGAGAAGAUCUUUGCAAGAUGGUAGGUUUUGAUCCUGAGAAAGCCGGGGGACAUCUUGUUACAGGUGGUACUCUAGCAAACAUCGAGUCUAUGUGGGCAGCUCGCAACGUCAAGUAUUACCCACUGGGACUACAAGAUGCCAUCAGGAAUGAAGACAUGCUUGCUAAAGCAAAAGCCGAUUUUACAGUUUACUUGCCACACAAAGAUGACCAUGUGAGAAUUGUGGACGCCACGAAUUGGGAGCUCCUCAACUUAGAUGUUGACGAUAUCAUUGAGAUGCCAGAAAAGGUGGCAGCAAUGUGCUCCAUCACUGAUACGGAUUUGCUUGGAAUCAUGAAAMACUACGCCUUGGAAAGCAUUGGCAUACCAGACUUUUACAGGCGUCAUAAUCUAAAGAACAAUCCGUGUUCUCUUGCCGCAACGACAGCACACGUCUCUCUUUUCAAAGGCGCAACAAUUUUGGGAGUUGGUAAAGAACACUUGAUUCCAGUGCCUGUAGAUGACAACGCAAGAAUGGACGUCAAAGGUUUGCGAGACAUUCUAGAGGACAAACUGGCCAAUCAGACUCCAGUAAUCAGUGUGGUUGCUAUAAUGGGUACAACUGAAGAAAGUGCCGUUGAUCCUCUUGUUGACAUACUUGAGAUUCGACAGGAAAUGAGAGCGAGGGGAUUGKCAUUCAUGGUACACGCCGACGCAGCUUGGGGAGGAUAUUUUUGCACCAUGUUACGAACACCCCCUGCUUCACUAGAACAGACAAGCGAGGGAGCUUCGUGGUUUGUACCAGAGCUAACUCUAAGUACGUAUGUUCAUGCUCAACUGUCAGCAAUCCMACACGUCGAUACCAUUACCAUCGACCCUCAUAAAAGUGGUUUCUGUCCCUACCCUGGUGGGGCUACUUGCUAUCGUGACAAGAGAAUYAACAAGUUCUUAGGAAUCACCAACGAAGUGGUGUAUUAUCAUGGUGCUGUCAACCUUGGUGACGUUGGUAUUGAAGGUUCGAAACCUGGUGCAGCUGCAUCCGGUGUUGUCAUGGCUCACAGGGUAAUUGGUUUGCAUAAAAAUGGCUACGGAAGGAUGCUUGGAGAAUGCAUGUUUACAUCAAAGCUUCUCUAUUGCUAUUUCGUCGCCCUUGCAGAAGCGGGAGAUCCCUUCUUUGUGGUUCCAACCAAGCCUCUUCCAACUGRYCGAACUCGAGAAGAACACAUUAAGUACAUGAAAGAAAACAUUAUUGGCAAAACGAACGACGAAAUUGCAGAGAAUGACGAAGUAAUGAAAUAUCUACGUGAAAUUGGACCAGACACCAUGUUGCCCUGUUUCUCUAUCAACAUCAAAGGCAACACUGAUGUCAACUUAGUCAACGACAUCGUCCAAGCUGUCUUUAAAGACCUGUGCAUGUCUGAUGACCGAGUCAGCGCUUUUAGAUUCCCAAUGAUAGUUACAGCAUCUACGUACAAGCAUACAAACCACAGUACAGCAUUGAAAGAGUUCAAGAAGAGACUUGGGAUUGAUCCUUAUGAUACAACCGGUGUCAAGUACAUCAUGACAACAUGUAUGGAUGCCUACGUCACCACCAUGGAUUUCAUUGACGACCUGGCAGGCAUUCUUAGGAAUGCUAUUCUGUGCUCUAUUGGAACAGUGACUGAUCCAAACGCCCAUCAUGACUUUGUGACAAGCGGUGUCYUGGACAAGAAUAAACRCAUGGUCAUGUAUUAUGCAGGAMGAUUCCCUAACGUCUCUCAUCAGUACCACGCUUUAGCCAAGUGCACGUUCAGCAAMGAAGGCGAUGGAGAUGUCGCAGCUGAAGGAGCAGCACAGCGAGGAGGACCAUUAGUGCUUCGUGGAGUGGAACCUAAUCGUGUUCAUGAUAUGCUGUUGUAUGAUUUUGAUGAGGGAGAUUCAGGUCGAURCGAGCCUGWAGUKGAGGUUUGGUCUUCCCUACACUUAACUUAUUUAAUGUACUCUAUAUUACUAAUGUAAUAUCAAGCAUUAGAUAGGAA